AUGUUGGCAAAAUUUCUACUAAUAGUAUUUGUAUUAUAUUUGAUGUUCAAAGAUGAAGAUGCCAUGAAUGUGACGUUGAAAGAUUUCGAAAACAUCAAACAGCAACUCAACAAUUUGCAAUCUUUCAAAGCUCGUAGAGAAGGAGCCGCGAUGAUUGCAAAAGAACGAGGAUUUGAUGAGGAAACAAUUGAAAAAGUGAUGAAAUUGAUGGAAGAAAAUGACAAAGAACGGCUAGAAAUAAUGAGAAGCGCGGAUGGUGACAAAUUCAAGAACAAGAAAAUAUUGCAAAUUCUUUGGAAGAUGGCUCAAGAAGCUCAAAUGGCUGAUGCUUAUUUGCUUGAUGUUUUUGAAGAAUUGGUGAAAAUCGACAUUGACUUUGAUGAGAAUCUUGUCAAUAACAAACGGAUUCGCAAAAUUCGAAGAUAUAUUCAAAGAAGAAGAAAGAAUCCACCAACAUUGAGCGAUAAAGAUUUAGCUGAAAUUGACAAAGAAGCAAGCGAGAUGGAGAAGCUUGCAGCUGAAGUGGUAACAGAUUUUUGACUAGAUUUAAAAACUGAAAAAAUCAAUAAUCUAAUUUUCAGGACGCUGGAACGAUCAGCCAAGCGAAUCAGAAGAAAUUGAACACGUUGAUUGAAAAACAAUCGAAUAUUUCUGAACGUUUUCCUUCACAGCCGCAUCGCGAAGAAUUGUAA